GUGUAAUUGUACAAAAAUGCUUAAGGGCAGAUAUGGUGAAAUGCGCCAUGUACGUCAGGUAGGUAAAUAAAUGAAUAAAAAGAAACUAUUCUGCCAUUUUUUCAUGUGAAUUUCGGGAAGGGAUUUAGAAUUUUGCUAGAAAUCUACAGUAUUUAUAGUAAGGUGCAAUGCUACAAAGAGUAUUAAUACUUGAAAUAAAUAUAGUGUACCGUACCCUAUCUCAUUGUGUAUGUAAUUUUGCUGCGACUGCAACCCUGAUUGUCAUUAGCAGCUCGAUUUGAUCGCCUCGUGUUCGUCAUCGGAGUAACAUUUUUGAUACUUUAUAUCAUAAAAAGAAGAACUAUUGAAAACAAAUUGUAAAAGAGUGUUAAUUAAGGUGAUAUUUUAUACGAUAAAAAUCAAAAGGUGUGCAUAUAUUGUGUAUUAAGAACAUUGAUAUUCAAUAUUUAGAUAUUGUAGACAGACACGCAAACAAAGUGAAAAAAAUCUUGUACGAACAUUAUCAAGAGAACUAUAAAAAAGCAUCUCAAAUUAUAGGAUUUAGUGAUAAAACUUGUAGAAAGUUUCCAAAAAUAUUUAAAUUGCGUAUAAAGGAAAAUACCAGCUAAUAUCUUCCGACAAUAACGGCUAUUCAAGAAUUUGUCGUCGAAGAAGGUUAAUAUAUUAUUUGAACAUCUGCAUUUUUAGCAGCAAUACUAUUGCUGCCGUGGAAGAUAAUCAACAUUGCUUACCAUGGCCGACGUAACUGACGCCAGUGGUGUUUUUGAUUUGGAGCUGCAUGAGGAGGAGAAUCCCCGCGAUUCAGAUGAUGACAGAAUCGAAUUGGACGAUGUCGACUUGGAACCGGAACUAAGCAUAAACAAUAUUCAAGAAGAAGUUGAAGGGCAGGAAACUAUACAGCUUUCGGAGGAAACUGUAAACCCUGGUAAAAUAAAGUUAGGCCCCAAAGAUUUUGAGCUAAAGAAGGUUCUUGGUAAAGGCGGCUAUGGCAAAGUAUUUCAGGUGCGUAGAACUGCUGGAAGAGAUGCAAACAAAUAUUUUGCCAUGAAAGUCCUUAAGAAGGCCUCAAUAGUAACAAACCAGAAGGAUACAGCCCAUACAAGAGCUGAGCGUAAUAUAUUGGAAGCAGUAAAGCAUCCUUUUAUUGUCGAGCUCGUUUAUGCCUUUCAAACUGACGGCAAAUUAUAUUUGAUUUUGGAGUAUUUAAGUGGUGGUGAACUAUUCAUACAUUUAGAACGUGAAGGCAUAUUUUUGGAGGAUACAACAUGUUUCUAUUUAAGUGAAAUUAUAUUAGCUUUGGGCCAUCUUCACAAAUUGGGCAUUAUUUAUCGUGAUUUGAAGCCAGAAAAUAUAUUAUUAGACGCACAAGGUCAUGUGAAAUUAACCGAUUUCGGUUUAUGCAAAGAGCAUAUUCAAGAGGGUAUAGUGACUCACACGUUUUGCGGAACAAUAGAAUAUAUGGCGCCUGAAAUAUUAACUCGUAAUGGCCAUGGCAAAGCUGUUGAUUGGUGGUCAUUGGGUGCACUAAUGUUUGAUAUGUUAACAGGCAUGCCUCCGUUCACUGCUGAAAAUCGUAAGAAAACCAUCGAGACGAUUCUUAAAGCUAAAUUAGUUUUACCUGCCUACCUCACACCCGAAGCUAGAGAUUUAGUACGUCGUUUAAUGAAACGUCAAGUGCCACAAAGACUGGGUAGUGGUCCAGAAGAUGCGGUCGCCGUACAGUCGCAUCCGUUCUUUAAGCAUGUGAAUUGGGACGAUGUUUUGGCUCGUCGACUGGAGCCUCCAAUCAAACCUAUUUUGCGAAGUGAAGACGAUGUCUCUCAGUUUGAUACCAAAUUUACAAGACAAAUACCGGUUGACUCUCCAGAUGAUACUACACUAAGCGAGAGUGCCAACUUAAUAUUUCAAGGUUUUACAUACGUAGCACCAUCUAUCCUAGAGGACAUGCAACGGGCGAAUCGCAUGCCAGCACGAUCCCCACGUCGUACACCAAGGCAACAUCACGAAGGAUCUUACCGUAUGCAAUUUCCACCGCAACGUGGCAUGUAUCCACGUGCAACGCCACCACAUUUGCAAGCCUUCCCGCCACGACCAUCACCCCAAGACGAAAUGAUGGAUGUACAGGGAGUGCCCAUAGUGUAGUUAAAAGCCGAAGGCAACGUCAAAUCAACCUUGGCGGUGGCCAAUGCAAGAGCUAAAACUAAAACAAAUACGCGGACAAAGAAAACUAAUAAUGAUGGUGGUAGAAAUACAAAGGAGGAGGAGAAUGAUGCGAACUAAACAAAAUAAAAUAAAACAUUUAAUAAAAUUUACUAUAUUUAAACUAUGAGCAGAGAAAAAUGGAAACUGAUUUUUAAACCACAUCAAAAAUAAAGAAGCAACUUAUGUUGCUUAUGAUUAUUUAUGCAAGAGACAACAACAAUAGCAAUCACAAAAGUCGUUGAAACAAAAGAAACAUUGUAAAGUAAGCAUAAGAUAUGACGCAGGAAAACUUAAUGAGGUUCAUUAAACGUAAAGAUGAGCAAAGUAAUGUAUAAAAAGUAAACUGCAUACGGGAGAUGCGAGGAGGCGGGUUAGCGAUCUCGUCGUCAUCAGCGCAGUUGGAAUUCAUUUGAGCGCAUGCGCAACAAAUAAAAAUAAUAGAUUUAAUAGUUUCUAUGAUAUCAAAUGAAGAAUAAUAAUAAUUAGUGGUUAAAAACAAAGGAAAAAAAGAAACAAAUUCAAAAGAAAGAAGUGAACAACAGCCAUUAUUAAGGUUAACAUUAUGAAAUCUAUUUACAUAUACACAUGCAUUAAUAGAUAUAAUUCAGUUGCAAGAUAAACAAAACGUCAACAAGUAAAUAAGUAAAAAUUCAAAUAUAUAUAAGUAAAAGAAUGUAAAAAAAAGAAGAAACAUAUAGUCAAACUUUCGUACACCGUCUUAAUUUUCGCCGCAUUACGCGUUGUUGCCGACCGGCGCGGAGUUUUACAUUUUGUAGUGAUUCCGCCUACUGUAUCAUCAAACGCUUUUUUAUUUUGCAUUUUUUAAGACAUGUACAUACCUACAACACAAUGCAAAAUAUUGGAAAAAAUUUAAAUAAAAGAGCCAACAACUCUUCUGUCCACACCAACACUAUUAGCUAUAUACAUAUGUACGUAUACUAGUUGCCUAAAACAGCGGAUAUAAUAAGUAUGUCCACAGACAAAUACGUAUAUGUACGAUGAUGGCAACUGCAGUAACAACAAAAAAAGCGGCAAUCUUGUAAUUUGGUGAAAAUUCGAGCGUUUAGAAUAAAUGUUCAGUCCACUUUACUUAGUUCAAUUUUGUUUAUAUAUGUAUUUGUAUAUUUUGAAAGAUAAUGUAAACAGUCAGUCAACAUAAUUAAUAAACUAAUAUUAAAAGAAUGAAUAAUAUAAGUAAAGAUUAAAGGAUAUAAUAUAAAUAGUAUGCUUUUAAUUGAGAUGUGAAGGUGCCACAAAAAUAAAAAAUUAAAUAAAAAACAAUACGAAAAAAAUUAAUUUAACAGCGGCUAAUUUGUAAAAAAAAAACAUAAACCUUAUUUAAGUAAAUAAAAAGAUUAUUUAAUAAAUAACAUUUACAACUUCUAUCAAGUUGGUCAUGCCAGUAACUGCAUACUGCAUCGGAACAUAUAGUAAUAGUGAAUAUGUAUGUAUAUCGAAUUUUCAUGUUCGAAAUGCAUUAUACGUGUAUAUUCGCUAAAAUUAAUUUGCGUGGAUAAAAAUGGUUCAUAUUAACAUAAGGAUUUAUAUUUUCAAAACAGCGUAUAAAAAAAAUUUGCGAUUUUAAACGACGCUGCGUUGUAAAUUUCCAAGCAAUUUUAGAAUCAAAAUAAUUUAUUAUUGAAAUUUAAGUUGAGCUCAAUAAAAAUUUGAGCUUCUUUGGUUACUAUCACAAAAUAUAAAAUUGAUUUAUUGCAUAAUUAAUAUUUGAGUAAAAGUUUAAAAUAACAAAAGAAAAUUUUACUUUAAAUCUUAUUUUAUUAUGUAAAAGUUUUCAAAAUAUAUGUACAUACAUAGCUUCAAAAUAUAUUAUACUCUACUUAAUAAAAUGGUUUCAAGAUUUCAUUAUGACUUUUUAAAUUAAGAAAAUAUACAUGUAUACAUGCGUAGAAUGCAUACAUGUUAGCCUCUUGAAAGUGUCAUAACUCAAAAUUAUUAUUCAUAUUAUGUUAUUGUAUAAAUAAUACUUUGAUUCCUCGCAACAAUAAAAUGGAAGAAUAAAACAUAAUUAUUAAAAUAUAUU